CGUAUUCACCACGCUACGUUCCACCGACCCAAAAAAAUGAAGACGUUGAAAUACCCCCUCCUCCUUCUCCUUCACCCGUUCGCCAUCCUCGCUCAGGGCGCCGGGGUACCAGCGCCGGUGUGUAAGGACGUGGAUCCCGGUGUUACGGAUUACAAGCUCUCGCUCUCGCCACCGACGCCGGCGGCUCCGGAACGAGGGGGGGUUGGGGAGAUGCGCGCGAACCGGACGACGGCGGCGGACGGGGAGGGCAUGUUCAGGAGGGUUGUUGGGGGGAUUGCGGUUGCGGUUUUGGUCGCGGUUGUCUGAGUGGGGCGGUGCGCGCUUGUGUGAUUGAGUUAUUGACUGAUUGGGUUUUUGGUUUGGGUUUGGGCGUUUUGUUUUUGGGGUUGGUGUUUUUUCUGGGAAUUGGGAUUGGGCUUGGGCUUUGUUUACUCGCCCGUCCUGGGGUACCGUACAGUGUCCAAGGGCACAAUCUCUAGGAGUUAUCAUAUUAAAGUAUUAUAGCGUUCUCAAAAUCAAAUCAUAUUGAAUCG